UCGGGCCGCACGGGCUUCCGUAGCUGGACGCGGGCGGUGGCGGCGCCACGUCCCUGGCGGCGUCAGGGAAGCAGUCAGUCCAGCCUGGGAAUAGUUUGGGGUAACAAUGGCCUUCACGCUGUAUUCCCUCAUGCAGGCGGCCCUGCUGUGCGUGAACGCCAUCGCCGUGCUGCACGAGGAGCGCUUCCUCAAGAACAUUGGCUGGGGGACAGACCAGGGAAUUGGUGGAUUCGGAGAGGAGCCAGGAAUUAAGUCUCAGCUAAUGAACCUUAUUCGGUCAGUGAGAACCGUGAUGAGAGUGCCAUUGAUAAUAGUAAACUCAGUUACUAUUGUAUUGCUUUUCUAUUGCGGAAGCCCCGGGUUCCCUUGCCCACCCCACUCUCUCGCCAACUGCGGCCUCUUCUCACUUCGAGAGGCGCAGGGCGGGACUUCCGGCGCGUCGGGACUCCGUCCGGGUCGGGUGUUGUGCACGACAAGCGCCCUGGGCUUUCCAGAGGACGGCGGGCCAGUGAGGGUGAGGAGGCGCGCGCAACCAAGAGGCGGAGGGUUGGGGAAUGGCGACCGCGCCCCUGCCGGAGGCCACUUCUGUGAGCCGGUUGGGGAAAAUACCAGCGCCUCCUUAGAGAACCGCGCUGCUGGGCCGGGCCUCCCCGAGUCUUGUAGCGGCGACCGGUCCUCUCGGCCUGCGCAGCUCUGCAGUUUAGUGGGAGGUGCAAGCAGGUGGGACAAAGGCGGUAGGUUUUAUACUGGAGACGCACAGACGCAGAAAGAGCAGUUGAAGUUAUCAGAGGAAGUGAUACCUGAGACCGCACUGAAGGAGGUGGCCAGACGGGAGGAGGAUGGUGAAGGAGAGGGGCGCGUGAGGGAGGCAGAAGGCUCGGCGGGCUGCCAAGAGCCUGGGUGUGGGAGUGAACCUAAAUCGGUUGCAGAGGUGGAGGACGCCCUUUGGGCUCUUGGGACCAAGCCCGUGUAUACCAAGCGUUCCUUUUAUCAAAUACUAGUCUCUAAAGGUUCCGAAGAGAGUAGAGAGCCUGGCAAAUCCAGCCAGGGCCUAAUAGGACUAGCUAAAAAGUUACGAGCUGCUUCUGUGAUGGUUCGGUUUGUGACCAAUACAACGAAAGAGAGCAAGCAAGAUCUACUGGAAAGGUUGAAAAAACUGGAGUUUGAGAUCUCCGAAGAUGAAAUAUUCACGUCUCUGACGGCAGCCCGAAACUUAGUUGAGCAGAAACAAGUCAGGCCCAUGCUGCUGGUUGAUGACCGUGCACUGCCUGACUUCACAGGAGUACAAACAGGUGACCCCAAUGCUGUGGUCAUAGGCCUGGCACCAGAGCAUUUCCACUACCAGCUUCUGAAUCAGGCAUUUCGGUUACUCCUGGAUGGGGCCCCUCUGAUAGCUAUCCAUAAGGCCAGGUACUACAAGAGAAAAGAUGGCUUAGCCUUGGGACCAGGACCCUUCGUGACUGCCUUAGAGUAUGCCACAGACACAAAAGCCACAGUAGUGGGAAAGCCAGAGAAGACAUUCUUUCUGGAAGCAUUGAGAGACACCGGAUGUGCACCAGAAGAGGCCGUCAUGAUAGGAGAUGAUUGCAGGGACGAUGUUGGUGGGGCUCAGAACACCGGCAUGCUGGGCAUCUUAGUCAGAACUGGGAAAUACCGAGCAGCAGAUGAAGAAAAGAUUAACCCACCUCCUUACUUAACUUGUGAGAGCUUCCCUCACGCUGUGGACCACAUUCUGCAGCAUCUCCUGUGAACGGCCUGUGCUGUGAGGCAGCUCCAUCUGCAGCCUCCAUUGUCUGGACCAGACCGAUCCUUCCUAACAUAGUGGCAUCAGCAGACAGCGCCAUCCAGUCGGACUCUCUCAUUGCGCAUUAAUUAGGAAGAGGGUAUCAAGUUGUAGCCAGCCCAAAACCUUGCUAAUCUCUUUUGUUUUCUUUUGUAAAAGAAGAGACUUGAAGAAAGG